CUAUAUCACGUUCCCUGUAAAGUAUGUCGCGAUCACAGUUCAGGAAAACAUUAUGGGAUUUAUGCUUGUGAUGGUUGUGCCGGAUUUUUUAAAAGAUCAAUACGUCGAAAUAGGCAAUACGUUUGUAAAUCACAAAAACAAGGAAAUUGUGUCGUUGAUAAAACUCAUAGAAAUCAAUGUCGGGCAUGUAGAUUAAGAAAAUGUUUUGAAGUUGGUAUGAAUAAAGAUUCAGUUCAACAUGAGCGUGGUCCUCGAAACUCAACAUUACGACGUCAAAUGGCAAUUUAUAAGGAGGCUUUAGAUGAUCAUACUAAAUCGACACAUCAUCAAUUUUUAGCAGCUGCACCACAAGCUAUUAAUUUUAGUUUUUUAAAAUCAGUUGCACCAUCUUUGGACUUAUCAUUGGCAAGAAUACCGCCAUAUCCACCAAACUUUUAUAUUCCAACAGUACCACAUCAUAUUGGUGCAGCUCAAUUGGGAACUGGAACUCUUCCAAUCACUUCAUCAUUUUUAGCAGCUGAACAAAUAAGAGAAAAUGCUGCAAAAUAUUUAUUUGAGAAUUUGAAUUGGACAAAAAAUAUUGCAACUUUUACGGAUCUACCAAUGUCUGAACAAUUAGUUCUAUUAGAAAAAUCAUGGAAAGAAUCUUUUAUAUUAUCAUUGGCUCAUUUUUUAACUCCAAUCAAUUUCUCUUUACUUAUCUAUGUGUAUGAAUCUGAGAAUUUGGGUAAAGAAAAUUAUAUUUUAGUUUCAAGAGAGCUUCCAAUAUUCCAACAAAUUUUAAAUCAAUUACAUCAUUUGGCUAUUGAUAAAAAGGAAUAUGAUUUAUUGCAAACAAUUAUUUUAUUUAAAGAUAGUGAAUUUAAUCAAACAGUUAAUAUAACACUAAAUCCAGAAGAUAGUUCUAGCUCAGAUUACAAUAGAAAGAGUACUGUUGAAAGUUCUAGUAUUUUGAAAUUACAUGAAGAUGCAAAAAUAGCUUUAAUUGAUUAUACACUGAACGCUCACAAGUCUAACCCUGGCCGAUAUCAAAAUUUAAUUGAUGUUAUCAAUUUAAUGUCAAAUAUAUCUAGUUUUACAAUUGAAGAAUUAUUUUUUCGAAAAACUAUUGGAAAUAUCACCAUGUUUCGAUUAAUAUCUGAUAUGUAUAGUCAGAAAAAAAGUUAA